AGAGGGAUAUAUAUCGGGGUCAGCAAAGGCAGGCCAGAGCACUCUCUCCAGACUCCUGACUUCCUAAGAGAGAGCAGAUCCGCUCCUGACUUCCUAAGAGAUCAGCAUGGCUCUCCAUCCGCUGCUCUUCUGCUGCCUCCUGGCUACCAGCCUCUGCAUCUUCCAAGCCCAAGGAAGCAAGAAUAAUUACCUGGACUGCUGCGAAGCCACCAAAGACGUCCCGCUUCGAAAUGUGAAGCUUUUGAAGUCCUACGUCAUCCAGAAUCCACAGAUGGGUUGCUCCAUCCCAGCCAUUGUCCUGAUCACCAAGAUGAACCGUUGGCUGUGCUACCCUCCCGACUCCCGGACGGCUCUUGGUCUCAUGAAAGCCCUGGACACCAGAAAUGCCCGGAAAUCAAGGCGACACUAAAGGAGGACAAACCUUCCCUGUGAAUACAACAGCUGAGCCUGCAAGAAAGAGAAACCCAAAGAAAAUUAUUUGGCACAGAAUGAGAAUUAUGACAUUUUGGCUUCCUACUCCACCUGUUAAUAGUAGUCACAUUAACUGCCAUGGCUCCGUGCUGUGGAAUCCUGGGACUUGAAGUUUGGCGAGACCCAGCCCGCUUUGGUAGAGAAGUCGCAAGACCUUGCGAAACUACUCAUCCCAGGAUCCCAUUGCAUUGAGCCAUGCAAACUGCAUUCAUCCCACAGUGGAGAUGCAUCCCUAGUUUAAGAUUUUGGGUCUUUUUUUAAGGCCCUGAAGAUGUGAAAUAAAUACAAAAAAAGGGUUUAUCACUGAGUAUGUUGCAACCACUGAGCCACGCGUCCAAAUUGAAAUCGCAUUUAUCUGAACCGAGGCUUCGAAGGCAAAAACCCAUAUGCAAAAUAUUUUCCUUUCUUUAAAACUAGUUCAUGGUUGGCUUUCUCCUUAAAGAUGGCAUUCUCAAAUACAAGGAGUUUCUACUUGUUGCAAAAGGCACCAAAAAGCCCUUUUGCAAGUGUUUGCAAGCACCUGAAAUCAUGCUUGCCUUGGAUGCAUCCAUACUAUAGAAUUAAUGCAAUUUGACCCCACUUUAAAUGCUAUGCAUUCAUGGGAGUUGUAGUUUUACAGCUUCUGUAGCCUUCUCUGCCAAACUACAACUCCCACUUUGCAUCAGAUUGAGCCGAGGUAGUUAAAGUGGUUUCAAACUGAAUUAUUUCUACAAUGUAGAUGCAUCCCUUUCGGAGAGAGACAGGAAAGCUUCAUAUCUGACUUGAAUGGAGAUGCAGGUUGAGCUUCCCUUAUCCAAAAUGCUCAGAAACCAAAGUGUUUUGGAUGUUGAACUUUUUCAGGUUUUAUAUAUGUUUAAAUUAGAGGGAAAUUUAUAUGUUUUUGUAUGCAAUGUUUGUCAUAGUUGUGUGCAUCAUGGGACACAAGCCUAAAUGUGAAAUUCAUUGAUGUUUCCUAUACAACAUAUACACAUAGUCUAAAGGGAAUUUUAUAUGCAAUAUAUUUCUAUGCAACAUUUUCAAUAAUUUCAUGCAUGACGUUUGUAUACAUUGAGAUACUGUAAAGCAAAGGUGUCAUUCUCUGAGCCUCUCUUGCAGACAGUUUCAGAUUACAAAAUAGUUCCUAUAGUCCCCGAUAAGGGAUACCCAACAAGGUAAAAUUUCCAUUUAAUUCCUAAUGUGCUAUUACCCCAAAAGGAGUCGGUUUCUGUAUGAAAAAGGACUAGCUCUCCCUUUGCUACUUGGAGGUUUGGCCUCUUUUGCUGUGAAUUAAAAAGCUUUGCAAAAAAAAAAAAAUGGGAAAAUGGGACUUAUGAAGAUGUUUGCAAUGUUGUAUUAAAUGGAGACCUCCAACAUAUAAUCUCUGUUUCUUGUAUUGCCUGUUCUGUCUCUCUAUCCAUUGUUUUAUACCGAAGUUUAAUUCAUUAAAAAGGACAUAUAUCUUUUCUUUUUUUUAA